AUGACAAUGAGAACCCAACGCCUUCACCUUCACCAACUCGUCCUCUCUCUCUUCCUCUUCGCAGCCGCAUUUUCUCCGGCGGUCGCGGCCGCAGACGACGCCUCAGCCCCUGCGGCGGACGACAGCGACACCGAUUUCAUCCGCUCCAGCUGCAACACCACACUCUACCCUGACGUGUGCUUCACCUCCCUCUCCCGCUACGCCAAUGCGGUGCAGCAGAAUCCCGGCCAGCUUGCGCGCGUGGCCAUCGGCGUCAGUCUCUCCAAGGCCCGCCGCGUCGCCUCUUACGUCUCCAACCUCACGCACGACGCCGACUACGGCGCGAGCGGCUCGCGCGCAGCGCUGGCGCUGCACGACUGCUUCACGAACCUGGGCGACGCCGUGGACGAAAUCCGCGGGUCGCUUAAGCAGAUGCGGCAGAUUGGCGCUGCCGGCGAGGGCGCCGGGUCGUUCCUCUUCCAGAUGAGCAACGUGCAAACGUGGAUGAGCGCCGCCCUCACCGACGAGGAGACCUGUACGGACGGAUUCCAGGACGUAGCGGAAUGUCCCGUGAAAGCGGAUGUAUGCGAUCGCGUCACCAAGGUCAAGAAGUUCACCAGCAACGCUUUGGCCCUCGUCAACUCCUACGCCAGCAAGGGAAUGCCGUGA